CUUCACUCUCUCUCUCUCUCUCUCUCUAGUUUCUCUCUCCUCAAAACGACAAUGCUGCAGCUCAAGCUUCUCCUCCUCCUUCUCUUCACCACCACCACCACCACCUUCACUUUCAGCCACGCCCACAACAUCACGCGCAUACUAGCCGACCACCCCGACUUCUCCACCUUCAACCACUAUCUCACCGCCACCCACCUGGCCGACGAGAUUAACCGUCGCACCACGAUCACCGUCUGCGCCCUCAGCAACGCCGCCAUGUCGGACAUCCUCGCCAGCCACCCCUCCAUCAACACCAUCAAGAACGUUCUCUCCCUCCACGUCCUCCUCGACUACUUUGGCGCCAAGAAGCUCCACCAGAUCACCAACGGCACCGCAUUGGCCGCCACCAUGUUCCAGGCCACCGGCUCCGCCCCCGGCUCAGCUGGGUUCGUCAACAUAACCGAUUUAAAAGGCGGGAAAGUUGGUUUCGGUGCCGAGGAUAAUGGCGGGAACCUUGAUGCCGUGUUCGUUAAGAGUGUCGCAGAGAAGCCUUACAACAUUUCUGUUAUUCAGAUCAGCAAGGCCCUCACGUCUGACGUGGCGAUGGCCCCCGCUCCCGGGCCCAGUGAGGUCAAUCUUACAGGGAUCAUGUCCGCCCAUGGAUGCAAAGAGUUUGCCGAUGCUUUGAUUGCUAAUGGCGAGGCCUUGAACACCUAUCAGGAUAAUGCAGAAGGAGGGUUGACAGUGUUUUGUCCACUUGAUGAUGCAUUCAAGGCCUUCUUCCCAAAAUAUAAGAAUUUGAGCAAAUCAGACAAGACUUCGUUUCUGGAAUUUUUGGCUGUUCCAGUUUACCAGUCUCUGUCCAUGUUGAAAUCCAACAAUGGGGUGAUGAACACGUUGGCCACCGAUGGAGCGAAGAAGUUUGAUUUCACUGUGCAAAACGAAGGCGAAGAAGUGACAUUGAAGACCAAGAUCGAUACUGUCAAGAUUACCGGGACUUUGAUCGAUGAGCAGCCUCUGGCAAUUUACACAACUGAUAAGGUUUUGAUGCCUAAGGAGUUGUUUAAGGGUGCAGCUGCACCAACUCCCGCUCCGGCUCCAGCCCCAGAGAAGGCAGCCAACGCCCCAAAGGGCUCAAAGCGUGCACCCUCCACUGAGGCUGCCGAUUCACCGGCUGAUUCCCCCGACGAUGAUCCAGCAGAUCAGACGGCUGACGAUAAUGCCGGUGUGAAAGCUGGUGCUGCAAGAUUUCUUGCUCUGGGUUUGAGCUUGUGUUUAGGACUUUUGCUGCUGUAAGUUCACUGUUUUGCUAGAUCUCUUUUUUUUUUUCUUUUAGUUUUGGAGGAAAUAAUUUUAUAUUCUCUAGUUUAUUUCUAGCAUGAAUGUGUUUUAUUUUUAUUUUUUUCUUUUUCGAAAUUGUUUUUAGUGUGAUGAUUUUCAUUUUUGAGUAUUUUUUCGGUCAGGGGAGAUUGUGAUUUGUUUGUGGGUGUGAUCUAUUUGUGACAAAAAGGAUGUAAAUCUAUUUUAUACACAUUGUAAUUGCCACUUAUCAUUAAUUAAUUAGGAAGAUUUCACUCUA